UGCAGCUCGUAAUGUGCUCCGACGAGGAACAGACGAUUACAACAGUGUAUUCAUCAAAAUUCCUGUGCAUUUCUCGAGUGACAGUUUCUAUUCAGUUUUUACCUGCUUAUUGAUUGGACACUUUCUGUCGAAGGAACGUUGAAUGUAAAGGUAGUUUCUUGUCAGUAAAACGAUGUCUCGCCGGCGUUAAGCUAUUUCUUUUCUCAGUUUGAAAAGCUAACGUUAGCUACCACCAGCAUCGACCCGAAGCCUCUCUGCAACAUUUCCCAUCACUGGCAACCAGCAAUGCAGAAGACAUGACGAUAAAGCAGACACCCUCGUCUACCUGUCAGUGAACGUGUCCAACAAUUAUCGCCUCUGUGUUGAUCGUUCAUCUUGACGAAAUGAAUUUCUUGCGUAAUCGUCUUGUUGUUCUGGGCCUGGUGUUGUUGGCCACCGUACUGCUGUACCUGCUGCUGCCAUCCAUUCGCCAGGGAAGCAUGGAGCCGUCCCUAGAAGCUCAAAGAAUGGGGCUGAUGGCCACCCCUCCUCUACCACUUCCAACCAUCAACGUGUCUAUUCGCACCGGACAGCUACCUGGUGAUCCACCACUGUUCUUCAGAGAAGCUUUACCCAUUGAUGGAGCUGGACGGCAGAUAUUGCCAAGGUUGCAAGUGGUCCUUCUGCAUGGCCAGGCCUUCACGUCCAAAACAUGGGAAGAGCUUGGUACGAUGGCCCUGCUGGCAACUAAUGGAUAUCAAGCCUUAGCGAUGGACCUUCCAGGGUAUGGAAAAUCACCGGACUCGGGGUCUUUGAAGACUGAUCAGAAUCGAGUGGACCUCCUUUCAAGGUUCAUGGAGUCUUUGGGUGUCAGGGCAGCUGUGCUCUUAAGCCCCUCCAUGAGUGGACAUUACUCCAUCCCCUUUCUCAUGAAGAACAGCGCACAGCUUCAAGGCUUCAUUUCCAUAGCCCCAGUCGGUACCCGGAGUUACACUCCACAGCAGUACCAAGAUAUUCAGAUUCCCACUCUAAUUGUGUUUGGAUCCCUCGACACAAAUCUGGGUGCUCAGUCCCACAAGAACCUCAUACAACUUCCACAUCACUUUGUACUUAAGUUAGAAGGAGCUCGCCAUGCCUGCUACAUGGACAAACCCAGAGAAUUUCACCAAGGUUUGAUCGAAUUCCUCAGCAAACUGAAGUGAGAUUUGUGGCGGAGGAAGAUAUAAAGAAAGAUGGAAACAAUAGAAAGAAGAGGAACUAGUAGGAACUUUAGUCCCCUCCUUAAUGGUUUAGUGUGGUGACAUUUUUGCUAAAAUGUUCUAAGAUCUACAUUAUGCUCAUGUUAUCAUAAUCACCUGAAGCAAAGAACAUUGGCAUGGGAGUAGGUUUUAAUACAUGAAACAUGGCAUGUAACAUUGUAGUGACAUUUACAUUAUGGUUCCAUUAUAAAAAUAUUAUUUAUACAUUUUCAAUAGUGUCACCCAAAAAUACCUGUUCAGCUCAGCAUGUUGUAAAAUAGUUUCAGAUUUGUAUAGUGGUGAGUUUUGUUCAUUGUCUUUCUUUGCUUGUUAAAACGUGGAAUGUGUUUGCUUCACUGUUACCAUUUGUGUAGGUUGCUGUAAAUAUGCAAAUGUAGCAGGUGCCUAUGUUAGAAUAGCUUCUAUUAACUUCACAUUUGACAAAUGGAUUUGUAUAUUAAGAUCUGGUAACCAUUCCAGUUUCCAACGAAAAAAUUGCUCAACAAAAGCAAACAGAAUUGAUACUCACUGUAAUAAAAUAAAAUGUAGAAUAUGGACCACAUGAAA